AUGUCAGCACCCCACGCAGGCCGCCAGUCUCCGGAGCCAGAGAAGCAGUCCAACGAGCAGGUUGGAGCUCCCGCGUCUGGCAAGGCUGACGCCGGCAAAACAGAGACUGGGUCUAAGGAUGAGAGCAUAGACACGAAGGACAACGUUUUAGAGAGCAACCCUGUGGGGCCGAUGGAGGAUGCCGCUCACAAGAAGGUCAGCAAGGAGGGGCGUGGAGAUAUUGUCUAG